GCAUCAGAGCUCCACUUCUCCCCAGGUUCACCAGAGGAAACACCACGGCACAAAAUGCUUUUCCUCCCAGCUGCUGCUCUGUGCUGUCUGUGUUCAGCGCUGGUUGCCAUGGCAGCAGAGCUGAUUCAGGACCAGUUAUCAUUGACCAGGACAGUUGGUGACACAGUCUCCUUCAGCUGUGGAGGAACUGACCAGUGUAACUUUGCUGAAGUAUUCUGGUACCAGAAGAAAGAGACAGAAAAAUUCACUCUUAUUCUGAACAUUAACAGAUAUGAUGGCUCCAUAAAUUCAGGUUACAAUCAUCCUCAGAAAAAUGAUUUUACAGCUGUUAAAAAACAGAACGGCUGUGAGUUGAAGAUAAAGAAAGUUAAACUCUCUCAUUCAGCCUCCUACUACUGCUCCUGUGAGAAGUCUGAUCCCCACAGUGAGAAAAGCCUAGAACCUGGGAAGGCUCCAGGUCUAGAUGGUCUGCCAGCAGAUUUUUACAAAGCCUUCUGGUCAGUGAUGGGUGAGGACCUGCUGUGUGUUCUCAGGGACAGUCUGGUGAAGGGCCGCUUGCCCCUGAGUUGCAGGAGAGCGGUCCUCACCCUCCUGCCAGAAAAAGGAGACCUGCAGAACCUAAACAACUGGCCACCAGUGGCCCUCCUCUGUACCGACUACAAACUCCUCUCCAAGGUCUUCGCCAACCGUCUGAGAAAUUUAUUGGGAAUGGAACUUAUUUCCAUAGACCAAGAAAAAGCAUUUGAUGGGGUUGAACAUGAAUAUCUCUGGCAGACGCUGGAGGGUUCUGGGUUCAGCUCAGGUCUUAUUGCGAACAUUCAGGCCUUGUAUGGAGACACUGAGAGUAGUGUCCUCUUUCUUCCCAAAGAAGAGGGGGGUCAGGGACUCGUACACCUGGCCAGCAGGGGGGCCGCUUUCCGGCUCCAGUUCAUACAGAGGCUGCUGACUGGACCUACAGACCUGGUGUGGAGGCCCACAGCUCGCUGUGUGGACCACACAUGGACCAUGCUGCUGCUCUCUCCUCUGCUGUCGGGUAUGAUCCUGGUUCAUAAUGUGGACUCCUUCACCUCAGCUGACACAUUCAACAGCAGACAGGUUUUUGUAUCAGUCUUUUUCACUGUGGGGAGCUUCAUGUUUGGCUCUGGAACUAAACUGUAUGUAACAGAUGAGGCCGUAGUGAAGCCCGUGGUGAGCGUGUACCCAGCAGCACCCAGAGCCCACCCUGAGGGGAAGAGCUCCCUGCUGUGUCUGGCCUCAGCCAUGUCUCCUGCUCUGGUCCAGUUCUCCUGGAAAAGACAGAAGGAGGAUGGUCCUCUGGAGGAGCUGAAACCUGAUGAUGGAGAGCAGCUGGAGCUCAGAGAGUCGGGACGCACCGCCGCCAUCUUGCUGAUCCAUCAGCCAGAGAACAGCACAUAUAAAUACCGCUGCUGCGUCGAGCACGAGGGCGGCACAGUGGAGGCCCAAACACAACAAGAGGUUCCAGCUCCAGCAGCCCCCUGUCCUCCAGAGAGAGAGCCAGCAGACCUGGCAGCUCUGCAGCAAGAUGACUUUGCAGUGGUUCCCCUGGAUCCUCUCCAGCCUCAGUGCAGGGUGAAGCUGCUCUGUCUGCUCUACACAGUGCUGAUAGUGAAGAGUCUGGUGUACUGCUGUGGACUCUCUCUGCUGAUGAUCCUCACAAACAAGGGACCGUCCACCAACUGCACACAUGCUGACUGAUUGUUUUCUGCUGGCCUUUUCUCACCAUCAAAUCUCAUCACUUCAUCUCAUUUAUCUCUUUGAUCACUGUUCACAAAUUUAAGCCAAAUGUAUCUUUAUAUUCACAGGUUAGAUACAGUCUGUCUACUAAUAAUAAAUACAUAUAUCAUAUAUCACACACAUAUAUUUGGAGUAACUGAGUUUAAAUUCUGUCCUUUUGUUGAUGUUCUACAUCCACUUUUAAUUGUGACUUGUAUAUUAAUAGAAAAUGAAGCGUAGUCAUUAGUUGUCUGGUAAAUAUUCAACUGAUUAUUGUUGUUUUCUGUUCUCAUGUUUCUUUUUAAUACUUUCUGCAGAGUGUGGCUGGUUUGUCAAAUUCAUUCAUUGUAACAUUCUCAAUAAAUGAAUAAAUCACA